UCUAAUGAGUCCAAGGGAAGAUUUCUGGAGGGAAGCCGUACGGUGCCAUUAUGCCCCUGCACAGGGUCCCACUGAGGGGGGAGUUUCCAUUCCAGAAGGUUACGGUUAUAUUGCUGUGUCUGGCUCAUACUGUAGUAACUGAGCCUGGAUUAAAAUGCAAGCUCCUAGGGCCUCCCGUUAUAGGGGGCAAUGCUACACUGAGGUGCCGACUCCCAGGAUCCUUUAAGGUUCUGCAGGUAACCUGGCAAAAGAGCAAAGAUGGUCUCCGAGAAAACAUUGCUACCUACAGCAAAAGGUAUGGGGUCAAUGUACUGAGCCCCUUUACCAAACGUGUAGAGGUCAACACGGACCCAAAAAAGUCAUCCAUGAAGAUUUCUGCACUGACAGAGGAGGAUGAAGCCUGUUAUAUUUGUGUCUUCAAUGUCUAUCAGCACGGAGCCUACACUGGGCAAGUCUGUCUCCCUGCCCUGGUUUCAAGCAAUGCAUUUAUUUGCUCUGCUUAUGGGUCUCAGGAGCAUAUCCCCGAAAUAACCCUGAAUCCCCCCAAAACCAACACUGAUCUUGCACUAAUGUCAGAAGGUGGAAUAAUAAGGGCCAUAAAGAAUGGCACCCUUAGAGAAAGAGACAAUCUGGCCUGUGCUUUCCAGCUGCUCAAGACGGGCCGGCAGAAACAGGAUAUUACAGCCUUAUGGUAUGGAGAUUUUAAUUACGUAAAAAACCCUUCCUGA